AUGAGGGGUCCAGACCUGGACCCAAUGUCCAGUGAUCUUCCCAGUGCAGGUAACCAGAGCAGGUAUUCGAGUCCAGCCCCUGAGAUGCUUCAUGGACUGACUCCACAUGAGGUAACCCACAAACAGAAGCAGGCUGCAGGGCCCCAGCCCCUGUCAGUGAGGAGUCCACAGACAAAACAGCUUUACACCAACCACACAACUGUGGAACUUUUCUUCAGCAGCCUUGGCCUGGUCACUGAGAGACACAACUUCCACCUGAGAGACAUAUGGAAUGUGGACAAAAACUGGUCAUCAGGAAGGAAGAAAAGGGGGAGAAAGGGAGGCGACCGCAGAAAUACAAUGAUCUCUGAAACUGGGAACGACAAUCUGAAGGCCGACUAUCUCCGAUACGAAGCGAGCUAUUGCCCAGACUCCCCCGUCUCAUCUUCUCCGGAAGCCGGGCAGCUGAGCAGGAGGCGGGACACCCAGACCACCAGCGGCAGCAUCAUCCCGGAGGAGAGCGGCAGCAUCCAGCCCCUGGUCUCCUCAGCCGCGGCCGCCACCUGCAUCAUGACAUCGGGGGAGUUCAUGCAGACCGCUCCCCUGCUGGCGCACAAAUCCAAGAGAAGCCUGCUGUACAAGGCGCUCUGCUUCCUCCUCCUCAUCUUCCAGGGCGGUAUUCUGGACUUCUACCUCAUCAUCUUCACCGACCUGUACUGGUGCUCAUGGAUAGCCACGGACCUGGUGGUGAUCUCGGGCUGGGGGAUUUUCUUCAUGAAGAACGCGCGGAGCAAGAGGGAGCGGGCCUGCGGUUUCCACCAGAAGAGCUCCAUCUUCGGCUGCAACCUCGGGGAGUUCACCUACGCCUACCUGGCCUGGCUCAUCUAUGUCAUCGCCUGCACUCCGAAGGUGGUGCUCGUCCUGGAGACCUCCAUCCUGGACCUGAUCGCGCUGAAGGUCCCGUGCGGAGUGACGGGCUUCAAAAUCAUCAUGCUGCUUUCCGCGCCGCUGCUUUUCUGCCUCAUCAACUCCAUCAUUGAGGAUUUGAACGGGGCGACGCGGCACCACUCCCAGAGCUGCUUCAUGAGCACCUGCCUGGACCUGCUGGACAGCUUCACGCUGGUGGAGAUGCUGCUGAAGAACGAGAUCCCUACCGUGUACCUGAAGUACACCGUCGUCUCGGUGUAUUUCGUCGCCCUGGCCGUGCCGGUGAUCUGGCUCUACGAGCUGACCGCGUCGGAGCUGCGCUGUCGGUGGCUGUGGGCCCGCUUCUCCACGGGCCUGCUGGUCAACGCGCCUCUGCUGGUGGUCAGGUGUUUCCAGGUGUACGUCUACAAGAUGCCGGUGUCGGUGUUCAUGUUUAAAAACAUCUUCUUCCUCGCGUGUAAGUUCCUGGAGCUGGUGGAGCAGUGCGUGGCGGUGCGCGGGGUCCGGAGGCUGGCCGGAGGCAGCAACGCGGCCCAGUUCUCCCACUGCGUGUCCGAGAACGACAUGUGUCCGCACGGAUACGUUAAUACCCUGGCUGUCACCCAGUCCUAG